CCCAAAUACUCCCACAAUGCACUGGUGGUCCAGGCGAUGAAGACCAACCUGACCGACCCCGACAUGCACGUGCUCUUCUUCGACGUGGAGGCGCUGAUCAUCCAGCUUCUGACGGAGGAGGCGCAGCGGCCCAACCCCACGCUGGUGUCUCCAGAGACGCUGCAGAAGAGCCAGGCGGGGGCCGACAAGGGGGGGUCCUUCCUGGCCAACAAGAUCUUCAAACAGGUGAAGGAGACCAUGAAGGAGACGAUCAAGGAGCACCUGCUGGACGAAGACGAGGAGGAGGAGGAGGAGAUGAGGAGGCGCGAGGAGAAGUCCAAGUCUCUGAGUCUGCUGGAGUACAACCUGACCAUGGACACGGCCAAGCUGUUCAUGUCCUGCCUGCACGCCUGGGGCCUCAACGAGCAGCUGGACGGCAUCUGCCUGGAGCGACUGGGCAUGCUCAGACCGCACUGUCCCAUCUCCUUCGGCCUGAUCUCCAGAGGAGGACACAUGUCCCUCAUGCUGCCCACCUUCAAGGAGUCCUUGCUGCGUCAGCUGUCCCUGGCCACGGGUCUGAAGCUCACGCUGUGCGACAUCGUGGGGAAGGGGACGUACGGCGUGUCGCGGGCCGUCACCACCCAGCACCUGCUGUCGGCCAUCUCUCUGGCCAACACGCUGAUGGGGAUGACCAACGCCACCUUCGUAGGAGAGCACAUGAAGAAGGCGCCGGCCAGGCCUCCCAGACCAGGAGGAACCCCGGAGUCUCCUCGGAGGACGCCUGCCGCCCCCCCCCAGCCCUCCAACCCGGCGCUACAGGCCCAGAUCAAACAAGCUGCUCUAGCUGCCGGCGCCUCCACUGCCGGGGCUCUGGGGGCCCCCGGGGGCCCCCCUCAAGGGGCCCCUGGCUUCCCCGCCCCCGGCCCUGCUUCUCAUAACCUCCCCUCAGUCAACGAAGGGUGGAGCCAGCUGGCCGCCAUGCACUGCGUGAUGCUGCCGGACCUCCUGGGCCUGGACAAGUACCGGCCUCCUCUGCUGGAGAUGCUGGCGAGGAGAUGGCAGGACCGAUGUCUGGAGGUGCGUGAAGCAGCACAGGCUCUUCUUCUGGCCGAGCUGAGGAGGAUCGGGCAGUCGGGACGGAAGGACACCAUCGACUCCUGGGCUCCGUACCUGCCUCAGUAUGUGGACACCGUCAGCUCCCCUGGGUCAGCCACGGAGGCUGCCCCUCAGGCCCCGCCCCCUCCUGAGGCUCAGCCAAUCGAAACCAAGGCUCCAGAGGAGGAGAUGGAUGUGACGGAUGACGACAUCACAGCAGGCUGCCUGUCCAACCUUCCCCCAAACGCCAAAAAGAUCUCCAACUCCUACGAGGAGCGUCGAAAACAGGCCACCGCCAUCGUUCUGCUCGGCGUCAUCGGAGCAGAGUUUGGUGCUGAGAUUGAACCCCCGAAAGGUUCUGGACGGGCUCGGGCCGGAGGGCAGGUGCCUGAAGGUUUCGGACCGACAAGCGGAGGCUCGUCCAACUACUCACUAGCAAGACACACAUGUAAGGCGCUGACCUUCCUGCUGCUGCAGCCGCCCAGCCCCAAGCUCCCCGCCCACAGCACCAUCCGCCGCACCGCCAUCGAUCUGAUCGGCCGAGGCUUCACCGUCUGGGAGCCGUACAUGGACGUGUCGGCCGUGCUCAUGGGACUGCUGGAGCUGUGCGCCGACGCCGAGAAGCAGCUGGCCAACAUCUCCAUGGGUUUGCCCCUCAACCCUCCGGCAGAUUCAGCCCGCUCCGCCCGCCACGCCCUUUCCCUCAUCGCCACCGCCCGCCCUCCGGCCUUCAUCACCACCAUCGCACGAGAGGUUCACCGUCACAACGCGGCUCAGGCCAACUCCCAGUCCCAGCAGAACGUCCACACCACCACUCUGGCCCGAGCCAAGGCGGAGAUCCUGCGAGUGAUCGACAUCCUGAUCGAGAAGAUGCCCGGAGACGUGGUGGACCUGCUGGUGGAGGUGAUGGACAUCAUCAUGUACUGCAUUGAAGGCUCUCUGGUGAAGAAGAAGGGGCUGCAGGAGUGCUUCCCUGCCAUCUGCAAGUUCUACAUGGUGGGUUACUGCGACCGCAGCCACAGGAUCGCCGUGGGCGCGCGGCAGGGAUCCGUGGCGCUCUACGACGUUCGCACGGGAAAAUGCCAGAACAUCCACGGCCACAAAGGUCCGAUCACGGCGGUGUCGUUCGCGCCUGACGGACGCUACCUGGCGACAUAUUCCAACGCUGACAGCCACAUCUGCUUCUGGCAGAUGAACACCAGCCUGCUGGGCAGCAUCGGCAUGCUGAACUCGGCGCCUCAGCUCCGCUGCAUCAAGACCUACCAGGUUCCCCCGGUGCAGCCCGCCUCCCCGGGCUCCCAGAACCACCUGAAGCUGGCCCGCCUCAUCUGGACCUCCAACCGCAACGUCAUCCUGAUGGCCCACGACGGCAAGGAGCAUCGCUUCAUGGUGUAGAACCGAGCCGAGCCGCGGCCCGGCAAACCUGGACCUGAACCGCGGUUUGGCGUCAGAGGCGGGUUUGGUCUGACGGUUCUGAUCGUUUUCACCAAACAAUCUGAAUAAAGCUGGAGCGGAGCGGUCCAAACCCAAAACUCAGGUCCAGGUUUGGUUCCUGUUUUGUCUGCUUACAUGGAUCCAUGGUGAAGGAAGUUCUGUUUACGUUCUGAUGUGUGUCGUUUUUUUUUUUUUUUUUUUU